GGGUAAGGUAUUAUAGAUUCUUGGUUGGGGAAGGGGUGGUAGGGGUACAGCAAGCACCUCCCCUAGAAAUGCAGCAAAUCUCUCCCGUUUUCUCCUGGCGGGGCACUGGGAGGGCUGGAGACGUGCUUUGCAUUGGCAGGCGGAUGAGGACACGUGCCUCGUCCCUUCCUUUCCCUCCCCGGGCUCCACGGUACCGCAUUGGCAUCAGUAGAGACACCUGAACUCCUGGGGAAAGCUGCCUUCCACCUUAUAGCUACCCCCUAAAAGAAAGAACUCACAGCACAGACCCCGCAGAAACCUGUGGCUCGCCUUUUUUGGUUGCGCGUAAAGCUUUUGCGCACAGCGCCUCGGAGACUGAAAAGGUGCGCUUACUCAAGCGUCAGAGCGCAGCGCCAGGAUGCAGAAACACAGCGGCGACGUCUGAAGGUGACAUGAACCUGGGGAUAAUCAAGAGCAUCAGCCGCACACUUAACAAGAAGUGGAGAUAGCAACUGAAAACCGUCGUGUCUUUAAGCCAAGCUUGCGCUUUUCCCCUGUGGCUUUAUCUCAUGCUGAGAAUAAGGAGCUGCAGAACACAGUAGCCUCAUUUUUUUACUGUCUGGGAAAAAAAAGAACAACCUCUAAUUAAUCAGCGGACAGUUUAAAGUCGACAGAGGAGGAAAAAUGGCGACGUUAAUAAGAGGCAAGAUAUCUAAUAAACUGUCAAACGCAGCCACGGCCGUGUCCAAUAAAUCCACGGCAAAGGUGAGCGGGAUGUUUGCAAGAAUGGGCUUCCAGGCCGCCACGGACGAGGAGGCUCUGGGCUUUGUCGCCUGCGACGACCUGGAUUACGACCACCGUCAGGGCAUGCAGAUGGACAUUCUGUCCUCCGACGAGAUCGGAGGAGAGGGUGGCGGAGACGGCGACGGGCUGGAGGGGGACAGCCACUACCAGAGAGACGGCACCGGUCCACCGCACUCAGCCUCCAAGGACGGGGGCUCGCCCAACGAGUUGUCCGAAGUCAAACCAAAAAUCACCGCCUGGGAAGCGGGCUGGAACGUCACGAACGCAAUCCAGGGUAUGUUUGUUCUGGGCUUGCCCUACGCCAUCCUGCACGGAGGAUACCUCGGACUCUUUCUCAUUAUUUUUGCCGCUGUGGUGUGCUGCUACACUGGGAAAAUCCUCAUCGCCUGCCUGUACGAGGAGGACGAAGACGGGCAACUCGUGCGUGUGAGGGACUCCUAUGUGGACAUUGCCAACGCCUGCUGUGCGCCCAGGUUCCCAACGCUGGGCGGUCACAUUGUGAAUGUAGCUCAGAUCAUAGAGCUGGUGAUGACUUGCAUCUUGUACGUGGUGGUCAGCGGGAAUCUCAUGUACAACAGCUUCCCCAACAUGCCAAUCUCCCAGAAGUCGUGGGCCAUCAUCGCCACCGUUGCUCUGCUCCCCUGCGCUUUCCUCAAGAGCCUGAAAGCCGUCUCCAAGUUCAGCUUGUUGUGCACGAUGGCGCAUUUUGUCAUCAACGUCCUGGUGAUAGCCUAUUGCCUUUCCAGGGCGAGGGACUGGGCCUGGGACAAGGUCAAGUUUUACAUCGAUGUCAAGAAGUUCCCCAUCUCCAUUGGGAUUAUUGUGUUCAGCUACACCUCGCAGAUCUUCCUGCCAUCCCUGGAGGGGAACAUGCAGAAACCCAGUGAGUUCCACUGCAUGAUGAAAUGGACUCACAUUGCUGCCUGCAUCCUCAAGGGCCUGUUCGCCCUGGUGGCCUACCUGACCUGGGCUGACGAAACCAAGGAGGUGAUCACAGACAACCUGCCGCCAACUAUCCGAGCUGUGGUCAACCUCUUCCUGGUGGCCAAAGCUUUGCUGUCCUACCCGCUGCCGUUUUUCGCUGCCGUGGAGGUGUUGGAGAAAAGUUUCUUCCACGAUGGGGGCCACGCCUUCUUUCCGGAUUGCUAUGGAGGCGAUGGGCGCCUAAAGUCCUGGGGACUGACUCUCCGAUGUAUACUUGUAGUGUUCACCUUGCUUAUGGCGAUCUAUGUGCCACACUUUGCCCUGCUCAUGGGCCUCACCGGCAGCCUGACAGGCGCCGGGCUCUGCUUUCUGCUCCCCAGCAUCUUCCACCUCAAGCUCUUAUGGAGAAAGCUGCAGUGGCACCAGGUGUUCUUUGAUGUCUCCAUCUUUGUAAUAGGAGGUAUAUGCAGCAUAUCCGGUUUCAUCCACUCCAUAGAGGGGCUCAUAGAGGCCUUCAAAUAUAACAUAGAAGAAUAGAGGCGAGCAAUUGUAGGAAGCACAGAUGCACCUCAAUAAAUUAGAAUAUCAUCAUAAAGUACAUUUAUUUUACUAAUUUGGUUCAAAAUGAGGAAACUCAAAUAUAUUGAUUGCAUACAGUGAAAUAUUUUUAAAGGUUUAUUACUAGUAAUUUUGAUGAUUGUUGCCUACAGCUAAUAAAUGCCCAAAAUACAGUUUCUUUGAGAAUUAAAAUAUUACAGAAGACAGUAAAAAAGAUUUUUAACAUAGAAAUGUAAUUCAAUCACCAAACCAUAGCAUACAAAGUCAUGGGGAAGACUGCUGACUUGAAGGCUGUUGAGCAGACAGUCAGUGACACCUUCAACAAAGGAGAAUAAGCCCGAAAAGGUAAUUGCUAAAGAAGCCGGCUGUUCAUAGGGUGCUGUUUAAAGGCACACUCAUGGAAAGUUGAGUGGAAGGAAAACCUAUGGAAGAAAAAAAAUGAAUUAGAGAAGAUACAAAGUUGCUUAAGCACUUCAGAUCCAGUCUAGACAACUCAGAACUGUACUAGCUGAGAUAAGAAUAAAAACAACUGGACUUAGUGGUUCAAAGUUCUCUUUCCAGAAACACAUACAUUUCAUUGAGAAAUCAGUUCAGGUCCAAGAGUCUGGAGGAAAAGCUUUGAAUCCAAGUUGCUUAAGGUCCAGUGUGAAAUUUUCCAAUACAGUGGUGAUUUGAGGAGUCACGUCAUCUACUGGUUUUGACCCACUGUGUUUUAGCUAGUAACAACAGCUGAACCAGAACCCCUUUGAGACUGUUUCUCUAAUAAAACAAUUUUUUUCAACUGAUCCUAUCUAAUUUUCUCAGAAACUGAAUGUGGGUUUUCAUUACCUGCAAGCCUAAAUGAUCAAACGCAACGGCAAUAAACGCUUAAAAAAUAUUAUAUAUAAAUUACACUGUGGAAUUGAAUUGGUGACAUAAACGAACUUUUCGGUUAUGUUUUGGUUUAUAGAGAUGCACCUGUAGGCGUUAACUGCAAAUCCCCAUUUAAUGAAAACAUUAAAAACACACACAAACACUAAGCGGCGAGUGCUCCUUUUCCCUCUGCUUGAUUCAUGCGUAAAAACCGCACACAAAGCACACACACACACACUCACAUUUGCGCACUAACUCUCAUCUUUUUAAAAAUACUCCAGUAAAUCUAAUAGCAACGAAAGAGUCUAAUGCGUCCGCACAGACAAACAUAUGUAUACAUAAGCGGACAGAAGUAAAAUCGACACAUUUUCCAGUGGAGUGAACGUUUACAACAAUAACCUUAAGCAAAGUUGCAAAAUGAGAGCAGCCUGCCUUUUUUUCGUCGCUCUUGUGGUGCUUCGCCACAUGAGACCUCACUUCGUGUAACUAUCGAGUUUGGGGCGCUUGGAGAAAGACAGGAUAGUGAUACAAAUUUAUUUUAAAUUGCAACAUGACUGUAAGGGCUAAAUGUGGUGUUAAAGCCUGAAAAUGCCCGAGGCAGAAUAAUAAAAAAAUGCAAUAAUCAGUAGUUUUAAGCUGCAUCAAAACCGAACAAAAGAGUUGAAAAAAUGUUUAUCUGGAUAUUUCUGAUUAUAAAAACUGGCAGUGGAAAAACAUCAAACAGAAGGCAGCAGCUGUACAAACUAUGCAUUGAAUGUAUGAUACAGGCUACAGAAAAUGGGCGUAUAUUAAGGCGAAAAAAAAGAAAAGUGAUGUUUCAGGUUCUUUUGCGUGGACGUGUUGAUGCUUUGGCAGGCCUUUUCCCCUCCACAAGACUCCUCGUUUAUGUUUUUGAGCUUAUCAAUACGCAAUAACAAAAUCCCACCUGAAACUCGUCCUAUCCAGUAACACCCCCCUCCACACACACCCGCCCAAAACCUCCACAUCACGGCCCCGUUUUCUCCCAACAUGGGAACUCCGAAAUGAAACUGCACACUGAAUUAGUAACGCAUCAUUUAGAUCCUUACGUGGCCUGUUUAUGACAAUUAAUUUGACACGCACCAGUCUUGAAAAAUUUCGAUGUCUAAAAUAAUAAAAAUAAAAAAACUGAAAGUCAUAAUUAAUAACAAGUGAGAUUAUCAAAGAGGAAAAUGUGCAUACAGACAUUUUUCAUGUGCAAUCCAAUGGGUCCUGUGGAAAUGUUCUAAAAACCGUAUGUGUAGUGUGUUAUUGUGGUUUCAAAAAGAUGGAAUGUAUAUCUCAAAAGUGGUUAUCAUAUAUCGUGAAAUUAAUAUUAAAGAAUAAAGAAAUAAGUGAAAUUAUAUUGUAAAAAAUGUGUGUGGUUUUAUGUAAAAGAAAAACGGUCAGAACAUGUAUUUUUUUUUUCUCUAUAAUAAAAUACAGAAAAUGA